CAGACGAGCACGAACGCUCUCUCUGAGGAAUCAACGGACCGAUAAAUAUAUUUAUUUAUAUUUUCGUUCAAUAAAAACACUCUAAAAGGUUUUUACCUCGCCAUGGGAGACAUGAAUGACUUCCUGGAACCGGAGUACGGCUAUCAGGCGGAUUUAACCGGAAGCUUCCUGGGUCCUCUCUCUUACUCUUACACACCUUUCUCCAUUGAAAUCCCAAACACCUACAGUUGCCUUCAUCACCAGCACACGCCAACACCUCUCAUGAUGUCUCAGCAUCAUGAGGCGUGUCCCUCUGUCUGCGGCAUUGAUUCUAGCGCCUUUUCUUGUCAACUUUGUUGUGACUCAUCAAGCUCACAUUUGUCUGAGUUUUCCUCUGUGUGUUACUCUGACAGCCUGCUUCCUCAGUACUCGUAUGAGGUCCCCAGUCACACGACUGCACCACACGCCUGGACACCUAGGGGCGCUGUUCCAUGUUACUCAGCUGAUCUGUGUGAUGCAGUGACGAGUAUGAACUCAGAAGAUAAGCAGAUCUUCUCCACACACGUGUCGAGGAGGCAGGUUGAUAUGCAGCACACAUUAUGCCCUGUGUCUUCUGAUGUAGAGACAGCGCCACACAAGGACAGCAUGUGUUCUUUCUCAGAAAGAUCUAAGAAGCGCUGCCACUGCACUAAAUCUCAGUGUUUGAAACUUUACUGUGACUGCUUUGCAAAUGGAGAGCUCUGCAGCGACUGCAGCUGUGUUAACUGCUUUAACAACAUGGAACAUGCGACCAAUAGAGACCAAGCCAUUAAGACCUGUUUAGACAGAAACCCGGGUGGCUUUCGUUUCAAAAUCAGGAGCAGCAAGCAGAAAGGAAAUCACACACGAGGCUGUAACUGCAAAAGCUCCGGCUGCCUGAAGAACUACUGCGAGUGUUACAAGGGCAACAUCAGGUGUUCAUCUGUGUGCAAGUGUGUAGGCUGCAGUAACGACAGCAGGAUUGAGGUAAAGGAGAGCGUAGUGGAGCCGUUUUUACACCCAGACAACAGCAGUACACACCGCCGGACCAAUGUGUCGUGUAUCACGGAUGCUGUAGUGGAGGCCACAUGUGGAUGUCUCCUGGCUCAGGGUGAGGAGGCGCAGAAGGACGGACUGUCUCAGGUUCAGACUGAGAGAGCGGUUCUGCAGGAGUUCGGACAAUGUCUCACUCAGAUAGUACACUUCAUGUUCAAAAACACACACACACAGUCGUAGAGCUCAAACACACACACACACACACACAUAGAAGUAGAGUUAAACACACACACACACACACUCAAACAUAGAGCUGAAACACAUACACAAAUUAGAAAACACACACACAAAUCAGAAAACACACACACACAGAAGCAGAGCUGAAACAUACACAAACAUAGCUGAAACACACACACAUCAGAAAACACACACGCAUCAAAAAACACACACUCAUAGCUGAAAUACACACACACACACACACACACACACAGAAGUAGAGCUCAAACACACACAAACACAGAGCUAAAAACAUACACAUAUCAGAAAACACACACACAAGUCAAAAUACACACACACCAGAAACAUACAAAUUAGAAGCACACACACAUCAGAAACACACACUCAUUGCUAAAAUACACACACACACACACACACACACACACAGAAGCAGAGCUGCAAAAAUGUUUAAAAUGUUUUAUACGUUUUACCUCUUAUUAUAUUCUACUGAGUAUUUGUACUAAAUAAAAACUUUAUUUCAAUGUUUAAUUUUUAUAUUAUAUAUAACUUUCUUUUCAAUUGUCUGUAAUUCUCUUUUACUUUUUUGUUUAUCUUAUUUUGUAUCUUAUGUAUAUAUAUAUUACUCUGUGACUGUAUUUUGGUUUUAAAUGAAAAGGUUUAAUAUGUAAUUUCAGGGCUGUAAUAAUUAUACUGUUUAUGUGCAAUAUUUUUUAUAUAAAUAUAUAAUUAUUAAUAUCUUACAAAAUAUAAAAAUGAUCGUUUAAAAAUGAUCAACACUAACUGCCGUAAUUCUGUGAAUGUAUACAAAAAGGUUUAUAGUUCUUUAUAGUAAAGACACUGUUCUGUUUAUUUAUUUUUUAUAUAUGUAUAGAUUUUAUGUAUAUUUUCAGUGUUUACACUCCCGUGUUCUGUGCUGUUGCAUUUAAAUAAUCUG